ACCUAACAGCUGUACUGUUCAAACCACUGGUAGAAAAGGUUCUGGUUCAUUUCCAGUCAACAGGUUCUAGGUCGGGAUAUCGCAUCAAGAGCUGCAACAAUGGUUGAGCAGUUUGUUGGAACAUGGAAGUUGACUUUCAGCGAGAACUUUGGUGAAUUUCUGAAGUUACUUGGUGUUCCUGCUGCCCAACGGCAGAUGGCGAACAAACAAAAACCCAUCUUCUCACUGAGCGUCGACGAUCAGGGGACCAUUACCAUGCAGUCUCUGAGCAUCUUUAAAGUAACUGAAUUAAAGUUCAAGCUAGAUGAGCCUUUUGAAGAGACUACACUGCAGAAUAAGCAGGCAACGACCGCAGUAACUCUGGAAAAUGGCAAGCUCAUUCAGAACCACAAUUGGGAUGGUGGAGAACUGCGUGUAGAGAGGGAGAUCUUAGAUGGGAAAAUGAUAGUGAAAUCCAUCAUGGGAAAUGCGGUGGUGGUGAGGACCUACGAAAAGGAGGCAUAAAGGCGCUCUCUCGUUUAAAGUAAACCUGGGAUGAAUGGCUCGGGGCAAUGAGCAUAUUCUCAGAAUCAUAUGUUCUUGACCCUGCAGCCAACAUGAAACACAGUUUUGUUAAUACUGCCAUGGUGUUAAUUAAAUAAAGAAUAAUGUGGCAAUA